CUCGUCCAUUUUAUCAGUAUCUAUCAUAUCCAUGUCGUCCGUCGCGAAGGCGUCCUCCGAACAAUGAAGGAGUGGUCGCGUAUCCCAGUGUCGUUCCUCAAUCCGACGGCGCAGAGGCGUCCAAUUGCCCAGCCUCCGGCGCGUCUCAGUGCCCCUGCUCUAUGACAGCCGCCCGUCAACACAACCUCCAAGAGCCAAGACUGAAGCUGAUAGCAGCCAGAGAGUUCAGGAUGUCCAUCAUCUGUGUCGCUCAAGAGACAAUCGAAAAGAGGCACGCCAUAGCCGUCUCGCCCGCCGCCGAAGGCCAAUUCCUCGCCCCGCCACUCUCGAAUACCCCGCGACCAAUCCUCCACAACUCUGGCGCAUGCUCACAUACUACCCGGUCUGGGACGUCUCCUACAUGGUUGCUCAAUGGUUCACCUGGGGCUCGGUAGUCUGGGUCAUAAACUCCUUCCUCGUCUGGCUGCCCUCCGUGCACCCCUCGUCCGCCUUCCGGGGUGAAACCACAAACGGUGGCGGCAUCUCCGCCUUCAUCGGCGCGACCAUCUUCGAGAUCGGCAGCAUCUUCCUCAUGAUCGAAGCUGUCAAUGAAAACCGCACACAGUGCUUCGGCUGGGCUUUCGAAGAGGCGCUCGAGGAGAACGGGCUCCUGCGUCUACGACCAAGUAGCGAGAAUUGCACGCACCACCACCCAAACAAAAAGAACCUCGUCGGAAACCGCAAGAUUCCCUCCGGAGAAACCGCUCAGGGGAAACUCCUCGCCCCCAACAAAUUCGCCGAAGCCAAAGUCCUCGAAACCUGGGUCUGGUUCCCCUCCCUCACCGGCACCACUACGUCCGCGAAAUUGGCUUCCUCACCUGCCUCGCCCAAUACGUCGCUGCAACCAUCUUCCGGAUCGCCGGCUUCACCGCCCUCCCCACAUCCAAUCCUCCCUCUCCCCUGCGGCCGUAGACGGCGCAUACUGGGCCCCCCAGGUCAUCGCGGGUCGGGCUUCAUCAUCUCCUCCCUCCUCUUCAUGAUCGAGACGCAGGAGCGGUGGUGGAAGCCUGCGCCGCGGACGCUGGGGUGGUAGGUUGGGGCGUGGAAUUUGGUGGGGGCCGUGGGGUUCACGAUAUCGGGGGCGUUUGGGUAUUGGCAGUGGUGCCGAGGGGGGAGGAGGCGGUGCGUCGUGACGUGGAGGGUGCGUCGUCGUCGGGUGGUACGGAGUAGUGGUGGUGAUUUCGGAGUUAUUUGGGUUGGACAGCACAUAUACUAUUUGGUGGGAUUUCGGAG